ACCAUUGUACGUGAGUAUAAUAUUAUAUUACAGACACCUUCUGGACCCAGUGCAUUUAGGUCGGCUUGGGAUCACACAGGAUUUGAACCCGGGACCAUCGGCGGGUCAGCACUGGGCCAGACAGGUCGUCGAAACAUAACAUCUAAGUUUUUGAAUAAUGAGUGGUCUGGGAAAAAGGCUCCUUGGUUCAUGGAUGUACAGAAACGGAUCUGAGUGGGAGAUGAAGAAGGAUAUGCCCCACAUCCAUCAUCCUAAGCUAGGAGACAGCAUGGCGUCGCAGCAGCUGGCGGCCGAGAGCGAGAGGAUUUCGGUGAUAUUCUCUUUAAAAAACCAAGUCGGCGGCUUGGUCCGUGUCUUGUAUGUAUUCCAGGAUUUGGGUAUAAACGUGCUCCAUAUUGAGUCCAGGAAAUCUGCUACUAAAGUAGCCGAAGCAGAUAUACUUGUGGAUUUGGAGUGUGAUCCUCGUAGGAUGGAGCAGUUCAAAAGAAUGCUGAAGCGCGAGGUUCAAGAUUUUGAAGUCAUACAACUUCAAACCGGAGAGGUGUUUCCAACAACGACGCCGCUUCCUGCAUCCUCUUGUUUUGAUUUCGGGAAGAUGCCUUGGUUUCCUAGGAAGAUGUCGGACCUCGACCGGGCGCAGAACGUGUUGAUGUACGGGUCCGAGUUAGAUGCUGACCACCCCGGUUUCAAGGAUCCCGUGUACCGUAAGCGGCGUGAGCAGUUUGCUGCUAUCGCCAACAAUUACAAGUACGGCCAACCCAUACCGAAGGUCCAAUAUACUGAAGUCGAAAUAAAAACAUGGGGGAUAAUCUUCCGAGAGCUACACAAGCUCUACCUGAUGCACGCUUGCGAGGAGUACCUGGAGAACUGGCCGCAACUCGUCAAGUAUUGUGGCUACAGGGAAGACAACAUACCCCAGUUGGAGGACGUCAGCGCGUUCCUGAAGCGGAAGACUGGCUUCCAGCUCCGCCCAGUGGCAGGGUACCUCUCUCCCCGUGACUUUCUCUCCGGCCUCGCCUUUCGAGUCUUUCAUUGCACCCAGUACAUUCGCCAUUCUUCUGAUCCGUUUUACACUCCAGAACCUGACUGCUGCCAUGAGCUGCUAGGGCACAUGCCGUUGCUCGCCAACUCAUCCUUCGCACAAUUCUCUCAAGAGCUGGGACUGGCUUCUUUGGGUGCAUCUGACGAGGACAUUGACAAGUUGGCCACGCUUUACUUCUUCACUGUGGAGUUCGGUCUUUGCCGCUCCCCGGACGGCUCGUUCCGCGUUUACGGCGCUGGCCUGCUUUCCUCAGUGGCGGAGCUAAAGCACGCCCUAAUCACGAGCGCCAAACAUAAGCGCUUCGAUCCUGAAGUCACCGUCAGUGAAACCUGCAUUAUCACUUCUUACCAGAAUGCUUAUUACUAUACGAACUCGUUCGAAGAGGCCAAAGAAAAAAUGCGUGCAUUUGCUGAAGGCAUCCAGCGUCCCUUCGGCGUGCGAUACAACCCGUACACGCAGAGCAUAGAGGUGCUAAGCAACGCCCAAAAGAUAACUGCUCUCGUGAGGGAAUUGCAAGGAGAUAUAUGCAUCGUGUCCUCCGCCAUCAAGAAGAUCUCCGCCCAGGACUCCACGGACGUCGAGAAUAUUGCCAACAUGUUGCAAAGCGGCUUACAGAAAUUUAUUGCAGUACUCGAAAAAUAACAGACACCAUCCCAAAUCAAGUCAUGUCUGUGACAAAUGAAGAAACUAUGGAAGGAUAAUAAAGCAGCUUACUUACUUCUUUUGCGCAAUAAAAGACAGGGAUAUAUAUGGACAAAUGAUGCAAGCUGGGAGUCCUACUAAAUCAGAACGUCGAAGUUCUAAAGACCAUCCCAUAAGUUUUCACUAUAAAUAAUAAUAACAAGCCAAAAAUACUAAAUAAAAUAGUCUGGAAAUCUGAA